GCGGAAGCCAAAUAAGCGAAUGUAGAUUGCCUCAGAAUGUAAACAAAUUUGUACAAGGCAGGUACCACCGUUUUUUUGCAAUUAAACUUACCACCAGCACAUAAUUUACGGCACGUUUAACAUAUUGGUAAAAACAUUACUAAUGUUUGGUUGACAGUUGGUUAUUCGUCUUACAAUUUAUCGGUACAAACAACUAAAAUAGACAUAACGUUAGCUAUCUACAGUACAAUGAUGAGCAACUCGUCCACCUCAAUGGCUCAAAAUCUCAGUUUCGGAUGUGUCGGUCAAAGCCCCCUGCUGAGUUCAAAUUUUGCACUGACACAUGGACUGUUGGACUCAGCUGCCGAGCAGUUAAUGGUUCAUAAGGAUUUCCAAGCUGCUUUCGACACAUGUGAGAGAGGUCUGGUGAGCCUUUUAAACGCGGAGCAAGCAGACAGCAGGUAUGGGGAGCUGAAGGCUGCACUCUGCAUUGUGGGGAUUCAAGCAUUGGCUGAACUCAAUCAGUGGCCUGGUGUACUGGCAUGGAUUCUGCAGCAUUAUGAGUGCCCUGAGAAAAUAUCUGCAAAAAUAAUGCAGAUGUGCAUACUCCUCUACACCAAAGUGGGUGAGCAAGCUAUGAUGCAGGAGGCAGGCAAUGUUUGGCUGUGCUGCCCAUCCAAUGGGAGAUUGGCAGGAUUUGGGACUGUAGCAGAGCUUUAUUUACUACAUAUUCUAGUGCCUUUAGGUCAUAUGACAGAGGCACGGGAGUUGGUUUUUGGUGAGGUGGGAGGUAUUGCAUUCACAGAGGACCAGAAACAAACAGCACUGCAUAUCGUGGAGAAUAAAGAGAACCUCAGCCAAGAACAACCUCCAAGCCCUAAUCCCAACCCCAGUCCUGUGGUGGUGGUUGCUGGACUUAACACACCUCAAGGUGCUGUGAUUCAGAAACUUGAGGCCUUGCUUAGGCUUUUGAACAGAGGACUAUCAGUAGCCGGUGGUGGGUUAUUCUGUCUUCGGAGAGUCUUUCUGUCUGCGGUCCUUCUCUACAUGCUUUUUGUCCGAAUGGAUCCAGCUCAUCCCUCAUCCUUCCCCUGGAUCUCACAGAUGCUGCAGAUGCUGAAGCAGAUGUGGGAUGCCAUGUUUGCUCCUUACUAUCGAGCCAGAGCUCAAAGCUAACAACUGUAAAACCAUACAGCCUGGUGCUGGGAUAUUAUGGUUUAAAUUUGACUGAGAACCAUGAGCUCACCAUUGACCCUCACCAUGUAAAUAUGAAUUAGUGACUGAGAGAGAAAUUAGGGGGGCUUUUGUUGGCAACCACAACAUUUAUACCUGUGAAGGCAGAAUGUGAACAGCAUGGAUACCUGUGAAGGCAGAAUGUGAUAGUAAUAGUCCGAAUUAAUUUCCCUGGUGUUGCAGAAUCAGUUGCUCCCAUAUAGGUGUGUGUGUGCGAGCGAGCCAGAAAGCGAUUUGAGUGUGUGUGGUGACACAUUGUGUUGAUAUGAAUUGCCCAAUCCAAAACAACCUGUAAGCAAGCUAAUUGUAAUCAGAGGCAUGUCAGACAAAUUAUAACUUUUACAUGACAGUGAAAGAUUUUUAAUUGGUAAAAUGAUAAUUCUCUCAUUACAAAUUACUCCAGUAUCUUUCAGUAGGGUCUGGCUCCAGCACAUACCUUCUCAGGACAGAGACGCUGUGAGGUAUACGGGCUCAGACUGGUUGAAUGCUGCCAGAGAGGAUGGCGCAUGUAUUAGUCUGGCGCAUGUAUUAGCAAGCUAGUGUGUAUUAGCGAGCUAGUGUGCAUUAGCGAACUAGUGUGUACUAGGUUUACUAGCUAGCUAGUGUGUACUAGGUAUACUAGCUAGUAGUGUGUACUAGCUAGCUAGUGUAUACUAGGUAGCAGUGGUGUAGUGGGAGCUAUACGCAGGUUAUACCCACUUUCUUUCAGUGGGCAUUGCGUAUUACUUCUUAAUCCCCACUGAUGCAUAUCCAAGCUAUACGCCAUAUCAAUUAUGUAGUACAAUAGCGACAUGCACAAAGUAGCCUACAUAAUCACAAAGCAUGUGAAAUAUAUUCACAUGCGCAGCACACACAUAGCUCAUUUCUGCAGAAUAUCAGGCAGCAAUCACACUCACUUGGUUGUCGCAUUGGAGCAGCUCACAGAAUUGAACGACAUCAGUAGCUGGUAUUGUAGGAAAGAUGUUUAAACUUUUAUCUACCAGGAACUAAGAGUUUGGUCUGAAAUCUUGGUUGAAUCUUUGUAAUGCACAGUUCAGUCAUCAAGCGCUGUUUGAAUGAACAUUUCUAUAGGCUUCACCAAAAAAACCUUGGUAAAGUGUUACCUGGCAGAAUGAAAUCAUGAGGGCAUUUGUUUUGUAAACUCUGCCAUGUAGGCCUACAUUGUACAGUACAAACACACGGCUAGCCAAAUGGCCACUUGCUCAGUGAGCAAUUCAAUUAAAAGGCAACUACACCCUUGUCACGACUGGCGAUGAAGAGAGAAUAGGACCAAAGCGCAGCGGGUUUCGUGCUCAACAUAUUUAUUUAUCAAAUAAUGCAAACACCACGGAAGAAAACAAUAAACAAACUAACGACAUGAAACAGUGAAAGCAGGCUCAACAAAAAGCAGUGCUCUCAAACAACUACCCACGAAAAACAAAGACAAACACACCCUACUAUAUAGGACUCCCAAUCAAAGGCAACUCAACACACCUGUCUUCAAUUGAGAGUCCAACCCCAAUCAACUAGACAUAGAAACACAGACAUAGACCAGUGACAAACCCCAUAAUACAUACAUCAACUACCCUCUGCCACGUCCUGACCAAACUACAAUAACCAAAUAUACUCUAAAUGGUCUCCUGAUGUGUUUUAAGCAUUGUUGUGGACUUAGUUGUUUCUCUAUUAAAAAGUGUGAUUUUGAGUGAAAACCUGAAAAAAUAUAGUAAAACAGAAGAAAAACAACUGUAGGAAAACAGUGUUUUUCACACAGGGUGCCUUUCCUUCACCGGCAAGCCUUUUUGGAUUUUUGGGGGGCAAAAUUACAGUAUACCCAAUUCUCCAAGCACCACUGCUAGACAGGGUUUCCAGUUAGCCUGUAAUAGCUGUUUUUUAUUAUUAUUUUUUUGCAGAUUAAAUAAAAUUGCCACCUGACAACGGGAGAAGAAAAAAAAUCCCAUUGCGAAAUAAUGCUUUUUAGCCUAUUCAUUGAUGGAAAUACCAGUUGAUGGAAAUACAUUUGACCAGUCAUGCUUAUUUGUCUAUGUCUUAAUUAGCAUAAUUUUGUGGAAUUAAAUUGGCAUGUGUGUAUUAUA